AGAGUCCUCCUCCUGCUCUCAGUGCGCUGUCGGAGUUUAAACCAGUUUCGACUAUAGAGGCGCAGUUGAGUUUCUGCCAGGACAGUCGGGGCUCGACAUUGUCACAACUUUCUCGGUCAGUCAGAAGACAUGUCGAACAACAGCGCAAGCGGUUUGGUGAGCCUGCAGAAGAGCGUCAAGCAGCUGAGAAAAGAAGCAGGAAUCCGCAGAAUUAAGGUUUCUCAAGCAGCGGAAGAUCUGAAGAAGUUCUGCUUGGACAAUGCCCAAAAGGACCCUCUCCUCAUGGGGGUGCCAUCAAGCGACAACCCCUUUCGACCACCCAAAUCAUGUGCGCUCUUAUGAGGAGUCGUAAAGAAUUUGGAAAAACUUCCAACAUUCCCACAAAUGUUUUCACUACACAACCUUCCGAUCCCUUUUACAUUACAGCAGAGCUGGAUCAUCACCACUAUUACACUAAAUUGUUUAAUUUGUAAGUUGCAUUGUGACUUGAAGUCUUUCACGUUCAGCGGUUUGAGGAUGUUACUCUAGUAGAAGGAAAUUAAAGUGUUCAGUUGCUCAAAGAGUCCAUUGGAAAAGUGAUGGCAGAUAUGCAAAAAUAUUUGAUUCUUUUUUUCUUUUUUGUUGUGUAGCUAAGUUUGAAUGCUUGCCGAAACAGAAAGAUUGCAAAAUGCUUUCUUGUUGUAACAUGUUCAGUUUAGGAUGAAACACUGAAUUUCUUUGUUUAUUGAUACAGUUAGGCUUAUAUACAUGGACUUUUGUUGCCAUGAAACUCAUGUAUUUAAGGUCAUUGAUUGUAUUAACCACAUAUCUCUAUUGAAGGAGAGAGAUGUCCUGUAUCUCAGGUUCUUUUUGAUAAAGAUUGAUACUGUGUCUCUGAUAUAAAUUCACUUUUCUAAAUACUGAAUGAGGUACUACUUUUUAUUCUAAUGUAUUUUCUCCAAUGUAGUGGGUAAAGGUUUCUGCAUCAUUUCUUAAAUGUUGUGCAUAAGGUUUAACACAAGUGCAGAAUUAUAUG